CACAGUCCCUCACAUCUUUGUCAGUGAACAAAAUGGCAACCUACUGUCUGACUGUUGCCCGGGUCCAGCUGGCCCUGGGCCAUGGUGUACGGCGCCUUCAUGUAUCAGCUGCUUACAGAGCAAAGGCCAACGUGGCUAUGAGCCGCUUUGAGCCCUCUUCCUUUAUCAAUUACAAGAAACUCCAGUCCAACGUCGACAUUGUGCGAAAAAGGCUCGCCCGGCCACUCACCCUCUCAGAAAAGAUUGUGUACGGCCACCUUGAUGAUCCCCACAACCAGGAGAUCGAUCGCGGCCGCACAUACCUGCGGCUGCGUCCCGACCGCGUGGCUAUGCAGGACGCCACAGCCCAGAUGGCGAUGCUGCAGUUCAUCAGCAGCGGCCUGCCAAAGGUGGCUGUGCCCUCCACCAUUCACUGUGAUCAUCUGAUCGAGGCCCAGAUUGGAGGGGAGAAGGAUUUGGCCCGGGCAAAGGAAGUGAACCAGGAGGUCUACAAUUUCCUGUCCAGUGCUGGGGCAAAAUAUGGGGUUGGCUUCUGGAAACCUGGCUCUGGAAUCAUCCAUCAGAUCAUCCUUGAGAACUAUGCCUACCCAGGAGUGAUGCUCAUUGGCACAGACUCCCACACACCAAACGGUGGUGGACUUGGUUCCAUCUGCAUUGGAGUGGGUGGAGCUGAUGCAGUAGAUGUCAUGGCAGGAAUUCCCUGGGAGCUGAAGUGUCCCAAGGUGAUUGGUGUGAGACUGACCGGCACCCUCUCUGGCUGGACGUCCCCUAAGGAUAUCAUCUUGAAAGUGGCUGGCAUCCUGACGGUAAAGGGAGGCACAGGAGCCAUCGUGGAAUACCAUGGACCAGGAGUCGACUCCAUUUCUUGCACUGGAAUGGCCACCAUUUGCAACAUGGGAGCAGAAAUCGGAGCCACAACCUCAGUGUUCCCUUACAACCACCGCAUGAGAACCUACCUGGAGAAGACUGGCCGAGGAGAGAUCGCUGAACUGGCUGAUGAAUACCAAGACUUGCUGGUGCCAGAUGAAGGCUGUGAGUACGACCAGAUCAUCGAGCUGAAUCUGGACGAGCUGAAGCCCCACAUUAACGGACCAUUCACCCCUGAUUUGGCUCACCCAGUGUCUGAAGUUGGUGCUGUGGCUCAGAAGAACGGCUGGCCGCUGGAGGUCAAAGUUGGUCUGAUCGGUAGCUGCACCAACUCCAGCUACGAAGACAUGGGCCGCGCUGCCUCAUUGGCCAAACAGGCUCUGGACAAAGGUCUGAAGUGCAAAGCUCAGUUCACAGUCACCCCAGGUUCAGAGCAGAUUCGUGCCACCAUUGAAAGAGAUGGCUAUUCAAAGAUCCUGAGUGAUGUUGGAGGUGUGGUCCUUGCAAACGCAUGUGGACCCUGCAUUGGGCAGUGGGACAGGCGUGAUGUGAAAAAGGGGGAGAAGAACACCAUCGUCACAUCCUUCAACAGAAACUUUACUGCCAGGAACGAUGCCAACCCUGCAACACACGCCUUUGUUACAUCUCCUGAGAUUGUCACUGCCCUCGCCAUUGCCGGUACAUUAGACUUCAACCCUGAGACAGAUUACCUUACAGCCGCCAAUGGAGAGAAGUUCAAGCUAGAGCCCCCCAGUGGAGAUGAACUACCAGCCAGGGACUUUGACCCAGGCCAGGACACCUACCAGCACCCACCUGGUGAUGGGACCAGCCUCAGUGUGAACGUCAGUCCUCAGAGCAAUCGGCUGCAGCUGCUGGAGCCCUUUGACAAUUGGAGCGGAGGUGAUCUGGAAAGUAUGCAGGUCCUCAUCAAGGUGAAGGGAAAAUGCACCACAGACCACAUCAGUGCCGCAGGACCCUGGUUGAAGUUCCGGGGUCACCUCGAUAACAUCUCCAACAACAUGCUUAUCGGUGCUGUCAACAGUGAGAAUGAUGCAGUCAACAAGAUCAAAAACCAUCUGACAGGAGAGUACGGAGGAGUCCCAGAUGUGGCUCGUCACUACAAGGCCAGCGGUGUGUCUUGGGUUGUGGUUGGAGAUGACAACUACGGCGAGGGCUCCAGCAGAGAGCAUGCAGCUCUGGAGCCCAGGCAUCUAGGCGGAAGAGCCAUCAUUGUAAAGAGCUUCGCCAGAAUUCACGAAACAAACCUAAAGAAGCAGGGUCUGCUCCCCCUGACAUUCAGCAACCCUUCAGACUAUGACAAGAUCCGCCCUGAUGAUAAGAUCUCCAUCAGAGGACUCAAAUCCUUUGCUCCAGGAAAGCCUCUGACCGCAGUAGUGAAGCACAGUGAUGGCAGCGAGGAGACCCUAGAGCUCAACCACAGCUUCAACGAGACACAGAUCCAGUGGUUUCAGGCUGGCUCCGCCCUCAACAGGAUGAAGGCGCUUCAGCAUUGAGGAUAGGAAGAAAUCAUGGAGGAGGAGGAAUAUCAGGGUGAAAACAGGGUGGUGAGGGUUGUGGGGAAGAAGGUGGUAGCAGAAUGUUAAUGGCAGUUUCAUCACCUGGGUUAGCUUGCAGUUUUAACUGAAGUAACAGCCAGUAAACAUCUUAAAAUUUAACUGUAGAGCAAAUUAGGGUUACUUCUAAUAACAAAGCUGUUGAUGAAACAAUAGCACGUUGUCAGUGGUCAGAUUUCUAAUCUAAAACUCAUCAGAACAUACUUUGUUUAAUUUAUUUGAAGCUGCUGUGUUUCAUUAAAGCAGUGAUAGACUGAGCUGCAAAAUCAAGGGGAUACUUAUUGUGCCGCCAUCUGAUGCUUUGCUUGUGUUUUUUCUUUUGCAGCUGUUCAAACAGCUCAGUGCAGUGCAGAGGCCACCUCUCACUGCAGCUUUAUGAUUGUGCUGACCGCUGCAUGGCAAAAAAACAGCUUCAGUUGUUGUUGUUCAGCUUGCCCCUGUUUCAUUUACAGAGAAAUGCUGCCUCUUUGUGCAUCACCCGCUUAGUGAAGCUGUAUCUGCAAGAAUCACAUGGAUCUGAAAAAAACUUGGCUUGUGUUCACCGAGUUAUUGCGAUUUAGUCUGCCCCCUGGUGGCCAUUAGGAGGUAUUGUACUGACAGCUUUUUAUCUAGGCUGGAGUCUGUUUGGUAAAGAUUGUUGAAGAGGCAGAGGGAGCUGACUUCUGGGAUUUAUUGAAAUUGAUUACUGAAUAUCUAACCGUGUGAGACAGCUAGGGGUCAUUUUUGUAUCCAUGUGUUGUAUUAAAGUGUUUUAAUCACUACAGUACUCUGUCAGUACUACAAAUGAUUACAGACAUUUCUAAUCAAACAAACAUGUAUGCUUUAAUGCUGUGUAAGAAUGUGUAAGAAUACUGUAGCUUAUCCUCUUCUUCUCUGCUGCUUUCACUAUUAUCCUGCUCUCCUGAUCAGUUCCAACAUUUUCACAAGCACAUUAUGCAUUUUUUUGUCCCUGUUAUUUAUUAUACUUUUUUUUUCUGCUGCAGGUCCAAACCCUGCAAGGUUUCUCACCCAAACCAUCAAAUAUUUUCAGUGCCCUUUUUUGUAGGGUCUUACACCCCUUUUUGUGAUUUUUUUUUUUUUUUUUUUAAACCCUAAAGAAAUUAAACAGUGUGGUUGGAGGUAGAGUGUCUCCAGAAGGAAAAACCUUGCGAUAAAAAGCUAAUUACCUCUUGCUUUGAUUAAGUAAUGAGGCCAUUCAUUAUAAAACCCAUAUUACUCCGUCUGCCAACGCUUGUCUGUGUCAUAACUAAAAUUCCCUGCAACACCUUUAUAUAGGGAGCUGGGUCAGUCGUUUUGGCAGUUCACACAAAACACCUCAUUUCCUGGUCCGUUAAAGCUUAUUGCACCAAUCAGAUGAAGACUAAAUCCAUCCUCUCCAUGUAAACCACUCCAUGUAAAGAGUCUGAUACCGUGUGCAUUUUGGUGAUUGUGUUUGUUUUCUCACAGAUUAUUUUUUCUGUAUUACAGAAAUACUGAUGGGUUGUAAAAUAAAAAAGUCAGAUGUCAUUUAUUUACACUUUGCUGUGGCUGUUUAUUAAAAAACACAUGCACCGCAGGUAUGUCCAUUCCUCACAGAAUUCUGUUUAUUUCUGAGGUUUUCACUGCAUACAAAAUUAAAUUUCACAGCUCCUGCUGCUUUUGUCACUGGUUAAAUAAAGAGUGCAUCCUGCUCA